AGGAAGCCAACCGGGCGAUUAGCAACAGCAAUGGACAGCAGGAUUCGAAUAUUCCCCGGUGGCGCGCAGCCGACUUCUUCAGUCAGCCCCUUCGCAGUCACAGAUGUUGAGCAAGGGAUCAUCGAGCUGCGGUCCGGGAAUAAACAGAUCCCCGCCGGGAGCCAGGCGAGGGAGCUCCAGGUGACCGGAACGGCGGAGGUUAGCUGCUUGGCUGACAGAGCAUCUGUGCAACUCAGGGUGGGCAACAGCAAAGCGAGCGUCAACGAGGUCACCAGCAGCGUGUCACGCCGGCUGGAAUACAUUUUGCAAGCUGUCAGGCAACAUGGAGUCAGCGAAGACGACAUCACUGUGAGAAAAUUCCUCCACCGGGAUGAAGAUGUGUAUCACAUGAAUGCAGAGGUGACUGUCACCUUCUCCGACUUUGACAAAAUGGAGCAGGCAUGCAGCAUCCUGCUAGAGAAACUGGACAGGAGCGUCUCAGUGGGACAGCCUCGAUUUUUCCACAGCGCCGAAUGCUUGAACCGUGUCAGGCAGAGUGCGUGCGUUUCGGCGGUGGAGAACGCUCAACAGAAGGCCAUCAGAAUUAGCCAGCUAUUGGGACAAAGUCUGGGGGCGCCCACCCUGGUGCGAGAAGAGGAAACGAGAGAGUGGAAGAGUCAUGACGAGGACGAUGAUGAUGGUGGAGGUCAAAGGCAGGGCCAAGAGGUUGCCUCCACCCAGGCUGCCCCUCUUCCCUGCAUACCUGACGUCACCGCCUCCUCGCGGGUGUCCGUCUACUUCCGAAUGCGUGAUGGAAAUAGGAAGAAUUACUAAAUGCCAAAUUUUUACAGCAGUGAUCACACAGACUGACCUGCGUUUCUUUGACCAUCCUGAACAUCCACUCAGCAGGGGCCCUCAUCUCACUGUCCCAGCUCACCACCACGCCGAGCCGUUGGGUCUUGCGCUCCACCACGACCUCGCCCACCCGCAGGAAAACGUAAGGCGGCCGUGGACUGCGCACCUCCU